AUGUAUCGAACAGCGAAGCAAAAAAAGAAUGGAGAAAAAACAAGCAACACACAUAACACACAAUAAUCACAGAGUCGGAGAGUAGAUAGUUUGACGUUCCGUGAUCAUUAUUGUUUUAGUAUCUGUUCAUUGACACCAAAAACUGCACGUCGAAACAGCACCAAAAUGCCUGUGCGAAAAUAUCGCCGCAGGACUAGUGAAAUAAGUUGUUGUUUAAAAUAUUUUAUAUUUAGUGUUAAUGUUUUGUUCUGGUUAGCGGGACUAUGCAUAUUAGCCGUGGGUGUUUGGGCAUGGAACGAAAAAGAUAUGUUUCGAAAUUUAACAAAAAGUAGCCACAUUGCCCUCGAUCCGGCUUUCAUCCUAAUAUGCUGUGGAACGAUUACAUUCAUCAUUGGGUUCACUGGCUGUGUUGGUGCACUUCGUGAAAACACUUGUCUUUUAUCCAUGUACUCUGUGUUUUUGGUGAUAAUUUUACUACUCGAAAUCUGUGCAGGAAUGAUGGUAUUCGUUCUACGCGACAAAGGAUGGAUAAAAGAACAAGCGACGGACGGUUUGCGUGCGUUCAUAACUCAUUAUCGGGAGGAUCCUGAUCAACAGAAUCUCAUCGACUGGAUUCAAGAAGACUGGCUUCAAUGUUGCGGAAUUGAUGGACCAAAUGACUGGGAUAACAAUAACUACUUCAACUGUUCUUCACUGUCUGUUGGUAGCAGAGAAGCGUGUGGUGUUCCAUUUUCUUGUUGCAAACGGCUACCCAAUGAGAUUAUUCGGAACAAACAAUGCGGUUACGAUGUGCGCAGGGAAUCAAAUAGCAACGACAUGUCAAGAACAAUCAAUGAAAAAGGCUGCGUACAAGCUGGCGAAGAAUGGGUUGAACGAAACCUGAUAAUAAUUUCGUCAACCGUUAUAUUCUCAGCGUUUAUGCAGAUUUUGGGCAUAUGUUUUGCGCAAAAUUUGCGUGCUGAUAUUUUUGCUCAAAAGUCAAAAUGGAGAUAAAUCACAUAUCAAUUACCGCUACGGAUUAGUGUAAGCAAUUGAGAACGAAAUGAACAAUAGGGCAAUAAAAAAAAGACUAAUCUACUAUUUACUCGUCACGCCGAUUAUUAUCGGCUUGUAUUCGACUGUCUUCCAUAAUUUUGCACGACUAAUGACGGUCUAAACCAUAUGAUAUAACCGUGUCAAUUCCAUUUCAAAUUUACAAUACAGAAAUUUAGUCAGUAGUAAAAUGAAAGAAAAUUCACCGAAAUUUCAGUAUUGAAAUCUUUUUUUUUCGAAUUCUUUUGAAGGAGAACCAUAAUUUAAGCAGCUUUAGGAUUUAAGUGAAAACGAGAUAUGAUCAAAACCACGGGAACCGAACGAAUAAAAAAAACAAAAUUGAUCAAAUUUUGUUAUAAACGACACUGCCGAAUUGUCAUGAUGAAUUUUGUGUUCGUGGGCCGUGAGUUUAGAACGAAUUAUUAGGUAUAUUUAGCAGUAUGCAUUAACCAAGCAGAAUGAUUAGAAUAAUGAAAUUGCAUUGAAUACAUCUAAAAUGAAUCUACUCUCAAAUCAAUUGAUGAAUACUCAAAUUAGUCGAUAUUCAACACGCAGGAAUAUUCAACAAUCAUAGCUCGAACUCUUUGAUAUCUACUACGUUUUUUAGCACUACAUGGAAUGUAGGCUACUGUAGUUGUUAUUUUUUUUCCCAAGAAAAUUUUAAGAGUCUUUAGGCCAUUUUUUUGGACCGUAAACAUAGGUUCUGACACUAAAUGCCGUUUUUCUGCACAUAUCAAUUUCUCGAUAUCGCAUGUGCGAUAUUUUUUUUGUGCACUUUUUUCAUUCUCGUGCGAUUUUGAAGCCAUGGGAGGGGGAAAUGACCCCCCUAGACCCCCCUUUCAGGCUUAUCAUUUGGAUUGGCUAUCGAAUGGCAUCAUUAGUUUUUUCAAUUUUCUUGAAAUUUUGGUCGAAAAUCAAGUGUUGUCGAAUUUGACCUAAAUGGGGUUAUUUCAACCCUUGGGGCUGCUUCGCCCCCCGCCCCAAAUGUUUUUGAAACUAUUUUCGAUUCCGAUUCCAAUGCGACAAACAGAUUUGAGAUUGCUCUCAAUUUCAACGAGAAAUUGAUCUGUGCAGAAAAACGGCAUUUGGUGUCAGAACCUAUGACCGUAAAUUAGUUCAUUUUAAUAUCCAUAUUUUUUAUUUGAAAUGAAGCAAUUACGCCCAAUUGCAAAAAUGAAAUAAAAUCUUGUAAUUCACUGUUGAGAUAACUCAAAAAAAAAAAUUUACACUUUUUUCGUUACCAAUGUGAAAUGAUGUACAAUGAUCAUUCACAUUGAAUGUACAUAAAACACAUACAGUCAUGGAAAUUUAAUUAGGACCGGCAUUGAAAUUUCAGUUUUUUCCCAUUAAUUCUGUUAUUUUACAAAAAAAUAUUCAUGAAAUGAUGUUUAUGAGAAUAUUUGAAGUUUUUAUAAAUGGACUAGACUAUCAAUUUCAUUAUUUUCGGUAAUGGAUAUCAUUUAUUGAUGAAAUUGCCCAUAAACUGCGGGAAAAAUAAUUAAGACCUUCCAUACAAAAAAUGACAAAAAAUUUCGAAAAAUCGGAAAAUUUAUCAUUUGUUUGACAAAAUUCACUCCAGCGAUGGUCGUAUUUAAUUGAAAUACAUUUUUUCCACAUUACCAUUUAAUUGAUUUCAAAUUUCUUAACAAAUUCGAAAAUUUACAGAUUUUAAGUGAAGAAUACAAUAUCAUCAUAUAAAUUUAUUUAAUUAUUUUUGACAAUAUUAAAAUGAUUUGGAUUCCAUGUAGUGCUUACGAUAAUUAAACCCGUUAAAUUUACAAGUUUUUGUCUCUUUAAAUUCUAACAUUAGUUUUAAGCGUAUGAUAUAUUGCAAGCAAGACAAUUUAUGAAGUGAAAAUUUAAUUUUGGUUAAAUGACAUCUACUUAAAAGAAUUUCUGUCGCAAAACUUGUGUGCCAAUUUGUUUUUUCGGUUAAAAAAAUUAAUAAAAAAAUAUGACUUUGAUAUAGAAAUAGGGCAAAAAAACAAAAUCAAUCAUUACACCAUUCAAUUGGAAUGAAAUUGUAUCUCAUUCAAGAUUUUUAAUUGAAACCUCGUUACUACACGCAAUGUGAAUAAAGAAGAAAAAGAAAAAUAAUAACAAAACAAGA